AUGGCAAUUCUCAAGCCUAAUCGCUUCUUCUUCCUCUUCGUUGUCGGGGUAGUGUGCUCCGUUGACCUUCCAAGCAACUUCUCAGAAGAUUUGCGGCCGCUGCUAGUCCACUGCAGAUCGAAGGACGACGAUUUGGGUGCCCAGUUUCUGCUCCCUCAACCGGAGUACUUGAUCCGGUUCAAGAUUGACUUGUUCAGGAGGACCCGUUUCACGUGCGAGGUGGAGCAAGGGCAGACCAAGACAGAGUUCACCGCAUUCACGUGCUCGCGUGACGAGGACCGGUGUCGGCACAGGGACUGCUACUGGUCCGUAGGACCAGAUGGAUUCUAUUUCAGCAAAGACAUGCAGAAUUGGGACAAGGAGUAUCCUUCGCCGCCUCAUAGCCCACCUCCAUAA